AUGGCUGGAGUGGUGCGCCUGUGGAAUGAUUGGGAGGUCCAAGUCCUAGUGCUUUUUAGCUUUGUGUUGCAAGUGUUCUUGCUCAUGUUUGCUAGAACGCGACGGCGGAACAUCUCCAUCGUCCCAAGGACCCUGCUCUGGCUAGCAUACCUGCUGGCUGACUCCAUAGAGAUAUACAUCCUUGGCCACAUGUCCUUCUGUAGUAAGUCCCAUGAGUACCAACAGCUUGCGGCGUUCUGGACGCCGUUCCUGUUGGUGCAUCUCGGUGGCCAGGACACUGUCACUGCCUAUGCCAUGGAAGACAACCAUCUAUGGCCACGCCACCUACUCUCUCUGGUUGUGCAGGCCUUUGGAGUAGCUUAUGUCUUGUACAAGUAUACGGCAGGCAGCUGGACCAUGGUCACAGGCGGGGUGUUGAUAUUUGUCGCUGGUAUCCUCAAGUAUGGGGAGAGAGUAUGGGCGCUUAAGUCAGCUAACCUGGAGAACAUCAGUAACCUCCUUGAAAGUAGGAAGUUUAGAGAGGCUCAACAACAAGAUCAAAUAGCGCCUUACCGCCCGCAUGAAUUGUGGGACCAGGCAGAGGGGUUGGGUUUUGAAGAGGUUCUACAGGGAGCUCAUGACCUGCUCCCCAUUUGCAUGGGUCAGUUCAUGGAUUAUAAGUUCUGGCCGUCCCCAUUCCAGAGUAAAGCCAUAAGGGUAGUAGUUGAUAAGGGAUGUGCGUGUGAGUUGAUUGAGAUGCAGCUGUCUUUGAUGCAUGAUGUUUUGUACACCAAGGCAACCGUGAUCCACACAUGGCGGGGAUGCUUCAUCCGUGUUGUUUCAUUGGUUGCCAUCAUCACCACAUUCUUCCUCUUUCGAUCCAGCAAUGGUACAAAUGAUUUCGGAAGAGUUGAUGUCAUCGUCACGUACAUCUUACUGGGUGGGGCUUUCCUCCUAGAGACAGCAUCAGUGUUGAGGGCGAUUGGAUCAACAUGGAUGUGUGCAUUGUUGCGUGCUGGAAGAUGGGAUUGGCUCCAUAGCAUAAUCAUAUCUGCUCGGCGGCAUGUCAAGGCAGCAGAAAGAAGUAGAAGAUGGUUAGGUUCCAUUGGACAGUACAAGUUAAUGCUGCUGGAGGUGGAUGGGUCAACCGUUCAAGUUACGAUUGGACUCGAGCAGCGUAAUUUGUUUGUGUGCGGGGACUUGUGGAAGAAGAUGCACCCUUCCUUAACUGUGAUUUCAGAUGCUACUAAGAAGUUGGUGCUAAAAGAGAUUCAAAGAAUGGUGGAGGCGUGUGCAGGUAAAGAGGAAAUCAUGAUGAGUUACAGUGGCCAGUGCGCGUUGAAUCCAUGGCAUGGAUUCUUUGAGGAUCCCACCUUGAACACGGGCAUUGAUUUUGAUAAUAAAAUCUUUACCUGGCAUUUUGCCACGGAAAUUUUCAUCUAUACCUGGCAUGCAGGUCCCCUUGUGGAGGCAAUCAGGGAGCUGUCUAACUACAUGUUAUUCCUCCUUGUUGAACGGCCUUACAUGCUUCCCAGCCCUGUUCGGCCAGGAUUGUAUGCCACUGCUGAAGUAGGAUAUGUGGGAUUGGGUAAGCCAGGUGCGAAGAAUCUCAUUGAACGCAUCCAAAGAAAGGAGCUUGGCUCUGGAGCUCCGCCUGCCUUAGCCCAUGGAGCAGAGCUUGCCAGAAGGCUGCUAGAUAUGGAGGAGCGGGGCGUGCCGGAGGUGCUGAAGGUGGUACUUGGGGUGUGGGUGGAGAUGUUGUGCUAUGCGUCCCACCACUGCAGCAGGGAUUCCCACGCCAGGCAGCUCAACAGCGGCGGUGAGUUCAUUACCGUCGUGUGGCUUCUAUCAACUGCCAUGUUCAAUCGCAUGUACUGUGGCGAACCAUGGUUUAAGGAGGACGUGGAUAAAUACUUCAGUCCACUAUUCGAGACUAAACCUGGGUGCUUACAGCGACUCGUGGACUGGUACAACAAGUUCAAGCUGUAG